AGCAGCAAAGUGUCUGUUUUCUCUGCUUUUAGGGAGUUUGUGCCAGCAGUUCCAGCGACCACCAGCAUGGAGAGAGCCGCCAUCUGCCAGACUGAUGAGAAAGGCGUUCCUUAUCUCAGAGGCAGAUAACAUCGAGGACUACCGUACUCAGAUUAUGUCCACAUUUGGGCAAGUCCUGAAGUACGACUCCACCAAGAAGAUCUGCAAGAAACUCUCCGGCGAUGGAAAAGGCACUGCAGAGUGGUGUACCAAUGUGGCCAACGAGCAGGGGCAGAUCCUCAUAUCUGUUCUCACCUGUGAGGAGUCAUUGGAGAAGAUGAGGCCGAUGGCUGAAGGCCUCAUGGAGAGGUACAGGAGAGCUGACGAGGCACCGCCCGAGCUCAUGUAUGUGGAUCGUGGCUGCUGUCGCAUCCACGCCGUGUCCUCGGUUGAGCAGCUCUUCAGUGACUGGACGGACAGGGGCAUGCUGGUACGGCUGGACAUCUUUCAUUGGAUCCAUCGAUUCGAUGCAGCCCUACGGACAGAUCAUCAUCCAAAGUAUGCCCUGUUCAAGUCUGCCCUCUCUGCUGCCGUCUUUGCCUACAACAAAGAUGACAUGGCUCUUCUGGUACAGGCGAUACGUGCCGGUCACCCAACCAACUAUGCCUCCCUGACUGACAGCCAGAUCAUCGAGCUGCGUAUCAGUAAAUAUGACCUCAGCCAUUACGUCAGGAGGAUCACAGUUAGUGCACAGGAAACAUGUGUGCGCGUGCAGUGCGCCAUUGAUCUCCUGAAGGGAGCCGCAGGGAUGGAUGAGAACCAGGUGCAUCUGUUUAAGGACUCUGCAGCCAUCGACCACGUCUGGGAGAACCAGCAGAAGCACCUUGAAUGCAUCCAGGAUCCACCAGGGAGGAACAUGUACACCAUCACCAAGUAUGUGACCCGUAACGGUGUUCGUCUUGCGCGGUACAGUACGGUGAGAGGAAGCAACAGUCUGGAGGGCUUUCAUUCGUUUCUGCCUGAUAUGAUCCCGGGACCCCACUGUGCUGCCGUCCCGUUUCAAUUCUAUCUGUUGGCUGGCAUCGCACGCUGGAACUCUAACAGGGAGUCAGCCAGCGUCCAAGGGCGGAAAGGGAGGAAACAUAUGGUGUACAUGUCUCCUCUGGUCCAUCGCCUAAACCAAAGGUGCCAGGAGCUAUUUGGGGAGGUGGAGGAGGCAAAAUACAGGCCUCCGGUUCCUGCUGGUGAUGAGCGCAUUGGUCUGGAGUACCUGUUUUCCCAGUCCUCAGAGCCCUUCAGUACUCCUGAUCAUUACGCACAGACUAGAGAGACACUUCAGGCAGAUGAGGAUGAGGACGAAGAUGUUCCUGCUGGGGUGGCAGAGGAAGAGGAAGAGCUGCAGGAGGAAGAUGAUGAUGUGGGCUACUCCUCAGACGGCGAGAGGGACAGCCUGACUCCUCUGAGGAACCGUCUGUGCCUCACCGAUCAGGCAGUGGCUGCUUAAUUUGACCCCUGUGUGGAGGACGUGUGCGGUCCCAAUCAUCUGCCUGGGUACCAGCACGUAGAGGAUCUGUGUAAAGUCCUUGUUGAGAUCGCCCUGGAGGAAGGAAAACUUGCCUUAAAUGAGUCGACCGGGCAAAAGGUCAUCAGCGCCUGGAACAAGCUUGACCUCCAUGACCGCAGCAUCCAACAAUUCGACAGCCUCUACUCUGCACGCUGGGGCAAUGCUCUGUUUGGCCGCACCAGUGGAGAUCCGACUGAGGCGUCCCUGGUGCAGAAGCUCAAGUUCAGCAAGCGGUACUCAGCCGCACACUUGGUGGACUCCAGAAAGAACCGGCUGAUGUACUGCCUGGUCAAACAGCUGUGGCUUCAUCCUGGUGUUGGAGGAAAAGCUAAAGGGUCACCGCUGAAACAGCAGAUCACUAAACUGUACCAGCGUGUGCAGCAGAGAGUGACGGUGGACGAUGAUCAGCUCAGCAAACUCGGGAUUCCCAUCCUGAAAAUAAAUUCAAAGUGCGUGAGCGAGUUCAUCAGGAGGCAGGAGGCGCUGUCAGCCACAAACGUCACCGACCAGGGUCUGUCUGUCCUCCGUCGUCACCAGAGCGUCUCCAGCACCAGCCAGCCCCCCGCUGAGGAGCUUCCAGAGGAAAGACCCCAUACCAGCCGGCCUGCAGUGCAGUAUCCCAUCACCACUUCUCUGGCCGGCACCCGAAAGUUAAAGCAAAGGCUCCCGCAAAUCUUACCUGUCCCUCCCUCUGCUCUUGCUCAACCAGUUCCUGCGCCGGCCCAUUCGAUACCCGCAGGACUCCGGCACACACACACUCCGCUGACUGCACCUCCCGCUGUUUCCUUGCCGCAGGCAUCCACUCCGCUACUGUUGCCCUCAAGAUCAACAGUCUACAAGAGGAAAAAGGCAGAACUCAGUGGCUCUGGACAUCCAACCUCAGUGAAGGUUUACAUCUGUGCUCUGUGUGGCCAACCAACUCAAGGCCACAAGAAAUACAGAAAGAAGAGCUACUGUGAGAGCUCCAAAGCCUCCACGUCCACAAACCUUGCUGGGCAGACGUUUGACUGUUUUGAAGACUUUAAAAGGGCUGUGGACGUUCUCUUGGGCUCUCAGUCUCAGGCCUCCGAGUCUGUCUAACUGGACCUCUAUCCAUGUUGCGGUUCAUAGUUCUUGACUUGUAACAGUGUUAUUGUUGCAAAAAUGGAUAUGUUAUAAUAACAGUUGGUUGUUUGAAAGUUUACAGUGUUUUACACUAAUCUGUUGAUUGUUGUAACACUGGUAUUGAUGCAAAAAUGUAUGUUAUAAUAACAGUUGAUUUUUUAAAAGUUUACAGGUUUUUACGGUUUGCACUAAUUUGUUGACUGUUUUUUACACUUAUUGUUGCACAAAUGUUCGCAAUAUUAACAGUUGACUGUUUCAGAGUAUACAUCGUUUUAUACUAAUUUGUAGAUUGUAACUUAUUGUUAAUUUACAAAAGUUAAGCUUUUUUUUUUUUUUACAG